GCGACGACACACAUACACACAAGGAAAAAUGGCGACGCUGGCCGCGGACCGUUGGAGGGAUGAGCUGCCUGGCCACGAAAUAUUCUGUAAACUACAAGAGAGCCGGAUUUUGGAGCCACAGGGAACGAGCAGAAGGAUAGUUAAAAACCUUACGUUUUGCCUGAAUGGAGAUUUGUUUGUGUGGGAUAAUGUAAAGAGCGUGUUUUAUACAACAAACCUACGGCUGCUCAACUCUGAGCUUACUUCCCACACGGCGAAAUACCAGACUUUGAUGUGCAUCAACCCACCACUAUUUGAAGUGUGUCAGGUUCUGCUCAGUCCCACUCAGUAUCAUGUGGCUCUCAUUGGUCAGCGUGGGGCAACAGUGCUGGAGUUACCCCAACGCUGGGGCAAGAAGUCAGAAUUCGAAGGUGGACGCCUCGAGAUCAACUGCAAGACGAUUCCUGUGGCUGAGCGCUUCUUCACCAGCUCGACCUCCGUGACCCUGCGCCAAGCUGCUUGGUACCCCAGCGAGACGGAGGAGCCCCACCUAGUACUGCUCACCUCAGACAACACCAUCAGGUUCUACAGUCUUAAGGAGCCCCAGACUCCAGCGCGAGUGCUUCCAGUGUCUCAGUCUGACGAGGAGAGCACCAUCCACCCAAGAGGGCGCUCCUAUGCAGCCUCUCUAGGCGAGAUCGCGGUGGCGUUUGACUUUGGGCCGUUAGUCGACGCCCCUCGCCACCUCACAGGCACGCGGCUGAAGGAAGACCUGCUGGUUUACCCGUUAUACAUCCUCUACGGGAACGGAGAAACAUUUCUGAGUUACACGUCUCUCACCUACGUUAAUCUGGGGAAGCUCCUGGGUCCUCUACCCAUGUACCCUGCCGCGGAGGAUAACUACGGCUACGACGCCUGCGCCGUGCUCUGUCUACCCUGCGUGCCCAACAUCCUGGUGAUCGCCACUGAAGCAGGAAUCCUCUAUCACUGCGUCGUGUUAGAGGCAGAGGAGGAAGAGGAUGGUGGAGCUGUGGAGAGGUGGUCCCGAGGAUCAGAGACAGUGCCAUCGCUCUAUGUAUUCGAGUGCGUAGAGCUGGAGCUCACUCUCAAACUGGCCGCUGGGGAAGAAGAGGACCCAACAGAUUCGGACUUCACCUGCCCGAUCCGAUUACACGGAGACCCCCUGUGUCAGCACAGGUACCACUGUACACACGAGGCAGGCGUUCACAGUGUAGGACUCGCGUGGUUCAACAAACUCCACAAGUUCCUCCAGUCAGAUGAGGAGGAUAAGGACAGCCUGCAGGAACUGGCAGCUGAGCAGCGCUGCAUAGUCGAGCACAUCCUCUGCACCAAACCCCUCACAAGCAGUUUACCAGCUCCUGUUCGUGGAUUCUGGAUCGUGUCCGAUCUGUCUCUGGGUGCCACAAUGAUCUGCAUCACCAGCUCUUACGAGUGUCUCCUGCUUCCUUUGCUUAGUUCUAUACGUCCUCCCUCUCCUCCUCUGUUGUGUUCGCGGGUGGGAGCGGAGGAGGGGUCUGUAAGCUCCCCGCUGCGUGGACUGGCUCAUGACUCGUUUGAGCAGCACAUCAGGAACAUACUGGCGCGCAGCUCCACCAAUCCGCUCAUGCUCAGGUCAGGGGAUAAGGACGCCUCUACUCCCACUCCAGAGUGUCUGCAGCUACUGAGCAGAGCCACGCAGGUCUUUCGGGAGGAGUACAUCCUCAAGCUGGACCUGGCCCGUGAGGAAAUGCAGAAAAGGGUCAAACUGCUGACCAGCCAGAAGAACAAGCAGCUGGAGGACCUCACAAUGUGCCGGGAGGAGAGAAAGAGCCUGAGGGAGGCAGCAGAGCGCCUGGCCGACAAGUACGAGGACGCUAAAUAUCGGCAGGAAGCCAUUAUGAACAGGAUGAAACAUGUGCUGGGUAGCCUGCGCAGUCAGCUUCCAGUGCUGUCCGACAGCGAAAAGGACAUGAAGAAAGAGCUGCAGACCAUCAACGACCAGCUGCGACACCUCGGAAACAGCAUCACACAGGUGAACAUGAAGAAGGAUUACCAGAAGAAGCAGAUGGAUAAAGGCUCGUCUUCAGCUCGAGCCACCAUAACUCUAAAUGCCCACCAGAGGAAGUGUGUUCAGGGCGUCUUAAAAGAACAGGGUGAACACAUUGCUGACAUGAUGAAGCAGAUCAAAGACAUCAAGAACCAUUUCAAUUUCUGAAGAGCAGUAGUGAGAAGUAAUCGCUGACCGCAUACCACAAAGCACUAUAUUCAGCUCGCAGUGCCGAAUUAUCUUUGCAGCUUGUACAAUGACUCUGAGGGUAAAAGAUAAGCUCGACACGUUUGUAUACAGUAGCUUUUAUAUGUUGUGUGUACAAGUGUAACAAUCUGUUGGAGGAAAUAAAAUGUUUUUGUACAUUUAAGAA